CAUGCAAACUCAGUUUCAGUUUGGGAUUCCAGAUUAAUCGUCCAACAUGAAAGUAUUAGCUCUCGUCGCUCUUUUGGCUUGUGGUGCCUUCGCCGCAGAAGGACCCCAAUGUCAAGCUCCAAACGGUGGUGGUCUUCAACCAGUCUUGGCUGAAUUCGUUGACAUGAUCCCACUCGACAAGAUUUUGGAACUCCUCUUGACUUCAAUGACCUCCGAUCCAGAAACCCAAGCCGUCAUGGAAUAUUUGUCGUCAUCUGAAUUCCAUCAAAUCGUCAUCAUGGUCCAAAAUCAACCAACAUUCCAAACACUUGUAGACUACGCCUGCACCGACUUAUACAUCGAUGUUGCCUACUACUUCAACAUCUUGGCCGGUAUUUUCGGAUUCCCAGAAGUACGUGCUCACCCACGUGCCACCGCCCGUGCUGGUGGAUUCCAUGGACUCCUGUUGGAAAUCCUUGAUCUUAUCCCACUUGAUGACCUCAAGGCCCUUUUGGACGAAAAGUUGGCCACCGAUUACUAUGUCCAACUGACUUUCCAAAUGAUCAACUCUGACGAAUUCGGGUCUAUCGUUGACGCUCUUAAGGCUAAUGUUGCCUACAUUGACAUGAAGGAUCGUCUCCGUGCAUUGGGAGUUGAUGUUGAUCUCAUCAUUGACACCAUCAACAAGAUCACUCAGUUUCAGUUUGGGAUUCCAAAUCAAUCGUCCAACAUGAAAGUAUUGGCUCUCGUCGCUCUUUUGGCUUGUGGUGCCUUCGCCGCAGAAGGACCCCAAUGUCAAGCUCCAAACGGUGGUGGUCUCCAACCAGUCUUGGCUGAAUUCGUUGACAUGAUCCCACUCGACAAGAUUUUGGAACUCCUGUUGACUUCAAUGACCUCCGAUCCAGAAACCCAAGCCGUCAUGGAAUUUUUGUCAUCAUCCGAAUUCCACCAAAUCGUCAUCAUGGUCCAAAAUCAACCAAGCUUCCAAAAACUCGUGAACUACGCCUGUACCGAUUUAUACAUCGAUGCUGCCUACUACUUCAACGUGUUGGCCGGUAUUUUCGGAUUCCCAGAAGUACGUGCUCACCCACGUGCCAUCGCCCGUGCUGGUGGAUUCCAUGGACUCCUGUUGGAAAUCCUUGAUCUCAUCCCACUCGAUGAACUCAAGGCUCUUUUGGAUGAAAAGUUGGCCACCGACUACUAUGUCCAAUUGACUUUCCAAAUGAUCAACUCUGACGAAUUCGGAUCUAUUGUUGACGCUCUUAAGGCUAAUGUUGCCUACAUUGACAUGAAGGAUCGUCUCCGUGGAUUGGGAGUUGAUGUUGACCUUAUCAUUGACACCAUCAACAAGAUCUUCCAUACUCAGUUUCAGUUUGGGAUUCCAAAUCAAUCGUCCAACAUGAAAGUAUUGGCUCUCGUCGCUCUUUUGGCUUGUGGCGCCUUCGCCGCAGAAGGACCCCAAUGUCAAGCUCCAAACGGUGGUGGUCUCCAACCAGUCUUGGCUGAAUUCGUUGACAUGAUCCCACUCGACAAGAUUUUGGAACUCCUGUUGACUUCAAUGACCUCCGAUCCAGAAACCCAAGCCGUCAUGGAAUUUUUGUCAUCAUCCGAAUUCCACCAAAUCGUCAUCAUGGUCCAAAAUCAACCAAGCUUCCAAAAACUCGUGAACUACGCCUGUACCGACUUAUAUAUCGAUGCUGCCUACUAUUUCAACGUGUUGGCCGGUAUUUUCGGAUUCCCAGAAGUCCGUGCUCACCCACGUGCCAUCGCCCGUGCUGGUGGAUUCCAUGGACUCCUGUUGGAAAUCCUUGAUCUCAUCCCACUCGAUGAACUCAAGGCUCUUUUGGAUGAAAAGUUGGCCACCGACUACUAUGUCCAAUUGACUUUCCAAAUGAUCAACUCUGACGAAUUCGGAUCUAUUGUUGACGCUCUUAAGGCUAAUGUUGCCUACAUUGACAUGAAGGAUCGUCUCCGUGGAUUGGGAGUUGAUGUUGACCUUAUCAUUGACACCAUCAACAAGAUCUUCUCGAACUAUGGUCCCCGUGGGAUAUAUAAUGGGGGUCCAAUCAGACAAAUUCAGUUUCAGUUUAAGAUUCCAGAUCAAUCGUCCAACAUGAAAGUAUUGGCUCUCGUCGCUCUUUUGGCUUGUGGUGCCUUCGCCGCAGAAGGACCCCAAUGUCAAGCUCCAAACGGUGGUGGUCUUCAACCAGUCUUGGCUGAAUUCGUUGAAAUGAUCCCAAUUGACAAGAUUUUGGAAAUCCUCUUGACUUCCAUGACCUCUGAUCCUGAAACUCAAGCCGUCAUGGAAUACUUGUCAUCAUCUGAAUUCCAUCAAAUCGUCAUCAUGGUCCAAAAUCAACCAACCUUCCAAUCGUUUGUGGACUUCGCCUGUACCGAUUUGUACGUCGAUGCUGCCUAUUACUUCAACGUGUUGGCCGGUAUUUUCGGAUUCCCAGAAGUCCGCGCUCACCCACGUGCCACUGCCCGUGCUGGUGGAUUCCAUGGACUCUUGCGGGAAAUCCUUGAUCUCAUCCCACUCGAUGAACUCAAGGCUCUUUUGGAUGAAAAGUUGGCCACCGACUACUAUGUCCAAUUGACUUUCCAAAAGAUCAACUCUGACGAAUUCGGAUCUAUUGUUGACUCUCUCAAAGCUAAUGUUGCCUACGUUGACAUGAAGGAUCGUCUCCGUGGAUUGGGAGUUGAUGUUGACCUCAUCAUUGACACCAUCAACAAGAUCUUCCAUUUUAAUGAUAGUCGAACUAUGGUUCCCGUGGGGUAUAUAAUGGGGGCUCCAAUCAGACAAAUUCAGUUUCAGUUUAAGAUUCCAGAUCAAUCGUCCAACAUGAAAGUAUUGGCUCUCGUCGCUCUUUUGGCUUGUGGUGCCUUCGCCGCAGAAGGACCUCAAUGUCAAGCUCCAAACGGUGGCGGUCUUCAACCAGUCUUGGCUGAAUUCGUUUCCAUGAUCCCAAUUGACAAGAUUUUGGAAAUCCUCUUGACUUCAAUGACCUCUGAUCCAGAAACUCAAGCUGUCAUGGAAUACUUGUCAUCAUCUGAAUUCCAUCAAAUCGUCAUCAUGGUCCAAAAUCAACCAACCUUCCAAUCGCUUGUGGACUUCGCCUGUACCGAUUUGUACGUCGAUGCUGCCUAUUACUUCAACGUGUUGGCCGGUAUUUUCGGAUUCCCAGAAGUCCGCGCUCACCCACGUGCCACUGCCCGUGCUGGUGGAUUCCAUGGACUCUUGCGGGAAAUCCUUGAUCUCAUCCCACUCGAUGACCUCAAGGCUCUUUUGGAUGAAAAGUUGGCCACCGACUACUAUGUCCAAUUGACUUUCCAAAAGAUCAACUCUGACGAAUUCGGAUCUAUUGUUGACUCUCUCAAAGCUAAUGUUGCCUACGUUGACAUGAAGGAUCGUCUCCGUGGAUUGGGAGUUGAUGUUGACCUCAUCAUUGACACCAUCAACAAGAUCUUCCACUAAAUGAUUGUAGUAAUAUUAACGCUUAAUAAAAUUCAUUGAGUUCAACAAUAUUUUUUAUUA